CCCUCAAGCACAGCACAACUCCCGCUCGACCCACCACGGUGCACCAUUGCAGUCCCGAAUUGCCCCUCAAAACACCAGCCCCCAUAUCCAUACCCCUUCCCCCGGCUUCCCCACAUACACCACACCAUGCCCCCCGCCAACCCCCUCGACGCGCUCGCCAUCCAAAACACACUUGCGCGCUACUGCGAAGCGCUCGACACGAAGAACUGGGCGCUUUUAGCCAAAGUCUUCGCCCCCGACUGCCGCGCAGACUACCCCUUCAACCACAGCCUGCACGGCGCAUCCGCGAUUUCAUCGGCCAUUCAAAACCGACUCGGGCCCAUACUCACACACCAUUCGCUGACCACGUCGUCCCUCGUCUUCGCGCCGGACGGGAAGAGCGCAACGGCGACGACGUUUUUCGUGGGGUGUCACUUUGGGCAGGGGCCGCAUGAGGGGAAGGUGCUGCAGGCGUGGGGGCGGUAUGUGGAUGUGCUGGAGGUGCAGGCCGCGAAAGAAGAUGGAGACGGGGGUGGGGACGUGGACGUGGACGUGGACGGUAGCUAUGAGGGCGUUCCGGGUGCGAGCGGGUGCUGGAGGAUUCGGAAGAGGGAGGUGGGUUUCACGAAGAGGAUUGGGGAUGAGAAGGUGAUGAGUGAGUUCUGA